GUAAAAUACGACAAUGACAAGAGUAGGCAGUUUUAGUAGAUAAUUAAUUCGCAAAACAUUAUUUAGUACUAAUUGUUUAUCUUCCUUGUGUUCGUAAGUGCUGCGAUUGAUUUUCAAAGUUCUGUUUGAGUUUUUUUCCGAUGGUGCUUAUAUCACGAUGAGCUGCAUUACUUGGAUUCGAGGUCUAAAAAUUACAUUACCAUUCAAGGAUAAAGAAUUGAACAAAAUUGCAGCAAGUUUCAAUGCUUUAACAUUCUUGUUGACUUGCGCAGCACUAGUGCAACCAAGUUGGUUUAAAAUUAAGGGAUUGCAUUGUACCCAAAGCCUUUCAUUGACACAAUUCUUCACUUUUGAUGAAGAUGAUGACAACAAUCAAAUAGCUAUACAGACAGAAUUUGAUCCUUUAAACAGAUCAGAUUUUAAUGGUCUUCCACCAUGUACAACACCAGAAAUUAUAUUGCUCAUGAGAAUUUUGAUAUUACUUUGUUUCAUGGUGCUAUUGUGUUCUUGUAUCGGAGUCCUGAUUAAUCUUAUUAGUUUGAACAGCAAAGCAAUCAAAAUGCUACGAAGGAAUGCCGUCCCUAGUAUCAUGUGUGUUUUUUGGGUCAUCGCUAUAGUCGGAGUUUGUUAUUAUACAACUGUCGUCUUAGGAAACACAAACAAUAGUGAUCCUAAUACAAUACAAGUUGAUUAUGAAUAUGGAUUCUACACAAUAACAGGAGCAGGUGCUCUAGCUCUUCUAGCAUCGGCUGCAAAUUUAUGGGGUGCGCCAUUAUCAAAUGAUGAAGACUUGCAAAGACGAAAUCUAAUGGAAGAUUGGGAUGGAUAUGAAGCCCACAGUGUAGGUCCAACACCAGCAGUGCCUACUCUACCUCCUUACACACCCACCCCAAACUAUGUCUCGACUGCACAUCCAACAUUUGCACCACCAGUCCUUGGCACUCAACAAUACUUUCCUUUUGAUGAUCUCUCUAUCUUACCACCUCCUCCUCCAUACACACCCUAGAAUAAGCUCAUACAACAUUUACCAAAUAUCUAAAUUGGACUCGAAUAUGACUAUUAUAUUCUUCAUUCAUGUAACAUUGAUGUUUUACACUAGUGGUGGGUCAAAUUCUUUAAUAUAAUUUGUGAAGGAACAAUUUUGCAAAGCAAUUCCAACUGUUAGACUGAAGGGUUCUCAAGUUGGAGUGACCACCAUAUUGUGACCACAUAAAAAAUAGUGGUGUAUAUCUUUAAUUGUUAUUAUUUUUAAAACCUGCCUUAACUGACCUAUCUUAGGUAUCUAAAUAUGCUUAUAUUGAAGUAGAUGCAGUCACAAUUUGAUUAUUAUAACAGAUAAGAGUAUUAAAAAUAACUUAGAUUAAACAUAGUCCAUUUCUUUGUAAUAUCAUUAACAGAAUGUUCAACAUUCUAGCCAAAUUCUCUAGUCCCCAUUAUCAAUAAAUGGCAUGCCAGUCGAAUAGUCGUAAUGGGCAGACAUAAAAAAAACAUUCAUCUCAUCACUAGUUUUCAUAACACAUAACACACACAAAAUACUCCAAACUAACUCAAAUAUUUUUUUAGAAUGUAAACAAAAGUUAAAAUGUAAAAUUAACAACUGAUGAUUUGAUAUUUUUUGUUUUGACAACUACUGUCCCUAAGUUUUUCUUUAUUUACUAUUUCUGGCUACUAAGUACUGGUUAUUUGAAAAAAAAAAAUAUACAACAUGAUUAAUAGAAGUAAUAGAAAUGAAUUAAUUUUAACUGCUGCAAACAACCAAAGCUUAAUUUGAAUGACUAAAAUUGUUUAAAAUAUUUUUCAGGUGAUAGCAAUCAUUUUUAUAUAAAAAGCACUGUGUUUUAUUAUAUCCUGACCAGAAACAGUUUAAUUACAAAAACGUUAGAGCUAAAAUAUUACUGAACUUGACUAAAAUCAAUAAGGAUUACAUACCAUAAUGGAUAAAAUAUAUGUAUAUGAAGGUUGAUAAAAAAAAAAAAACAUUUUAGUUGUUAAAUGUAGUUAGUAG